AUGGCGACUUUCAUGAACGUGGAACGUCGCCAAAAGGAAACAUUUACUUGUGACAACGCCAAAAUGGAAGCUCAUCACUCUACGGACUACGGCUCUAAUAGAGAAUCUAGUAAAGAAACAUCUAGUGAGGAUUCCAGCAUAGAAAACUACGGUUGCGCAAUAUAUUGCUUUGAGCCAAAUCUGUCGUUGAAGUCGUUUCAGCAUACUUCAGCAUGCACGGAAACGAAAGAAAAUCUUCAAAGUGUGAGUUCUUUGAAAGAGAAUACCACAUACAACUCCGACUUCAAGCAAACUGACAAAGUAGAUUGGUUUUAUUGCGCCGAAUGUUCCUACAAAGGUAAACUCAAAAAAUAUUUAAAACGUCACAUUCGGGAUUGCCAUUCGACCAAGCGGUAUGAAUGCGACAAGUGCUCAUUUAAAUGUAAAAGAAAGAUGAAUUUAACACUUCACAUAAAUAACGUGCAUUUGAACGACAAAGACGUUAAAUGGCGCAAAUGCAAUGAAUGUGCUUUCAAAACUAAGUAUGGAGUAUCUUUAAAAAGACACGUAAAUGGCAACCAUCUAGACGACACAAAAAUUAAAUGGUACAAGUGUCACAAUUGUUCCUUCAGAACCAAACGAGCAGAGAAUUUAAAAAGGCAUGAAAUAUCUAUACAUUUGAAUGAUGAAGAAAUUAAGUGGUAUAAAUGUGAAGACUGUUCAUACAAAAGUAAAAGAAACAGUAAUUUAAAAAGUGAAUAUUUAAAGCCUCAUAUAAAUAAGCGCUGUUUGGAAGGAACUGUAGUUAAAUGUUGA